GGAGAAGUUUCCAAAGGAGAUCUCGAAGUUGGACGUGGUCCGCAGGAAUCCAAAGCAGCGGCGUUUUGUGAUGGCAGUUUAGCGAGCCAUGCCUUCCUUUAAAGCGUUUUCGGACUUUCAGAAGAAAGCGAAAGAAGUCGUGGGAUCCAAGAAUGGCGAGGCCCAGGAGCUGCGGGUGGGCAUGUGGGUCCGCGUCAAGGGCUUGCAGGCGCGGCCAGAGCUGAACGGCCUCGAGGGGGUCCUCACCACCAGGGAUGAGGAGAAGAGCCGCUGGAAGGUGGAGCUGAAGGAUGGCGGCGGCGCGAAGCUCUUCAAGGAUUCGAACCUGGAGCCGUAUAUCUCGGACCAGGACGCGCUGGACAUUCUCCGCGCGCCGGCCAAAGAGGAGCGGCCUGCGCCGCCCGCCCCGGCAGCGGCAGCGGCGCCGGCGCCAGAGCGGCCCGCGCCGUCGCCAGAUCUGGAGCCGCAGCUGGAGGACCUGAGUCGCCCAAAGUCCUUUUUAGAGCAGUCCAGACAAGCUGCUGCAGAGGGCCCCUCGGCAGCAGCAGUGGCGGCCGCUGCAGCCGUGGCCAAGGGCACCAAGCUGAGCCCCGCGCAAGGAGAUGAUACCAGCGAGGUCUCCACGGCUCCGGAGGACGACGAGGCCUUUCUGAAGUCCAUCGAGCAAUGCCUCAAGGAAUGCGAUGUGAUGUGGGACGAUUACUAGACUGGCCAUUUCCUCCUGGCCCUGCGCAGUGACAAAAAUGAUGUGCAGUGCUUGGGGGCACCACAGCGGUAGAAGCGAAUGUGGUUGAUCUCCCCCCCUCGACCUUUCCAAAAGCGGAUUCGGAAUUUCCGGAUUGAGCGAGGCGAGGCUGGAGGCUCUGUAAAUGGGGGGUACCCACACUGUUUCUAGCGUG